UCUAAUGUUAUUUUGAUAUAUUAUUGCUUGAAACACGUUUAAAAUCAACUGGAUGUGUGAUGGAAUUCAGUGUUGGAAGUGGACAUGGCAAAUAUAUCUUUUCGACGAUGCACAUACUGGCCCUAUUGAUAACAUGACCAACAAGCUUGGAAUUCCUCUAGAGAUGAUCUUCGGGGAUAAUUUUGUGGCCAUCGAGCAUGGCGCCAGUAGAUGGGGUGGGUAUUUCCUUCAACGCGUUUGAUGCCAUAUAUCACGAUUGUAUAUCCAUCGUCCCAGC